AUGGCGGACGACACAUCGUUGAAAUUAGGGCAAAUAUUUUCCUCUUUUGAAGAGGUCAAAGCUGCGAUCAGUCGCUAUGAAAAGAAGAAUUAUGUCAAUUUGUAUGUAAAUGACUCCAGAACGAUUUCUUCGACAAUUAAAAGAACGCCAAGCAAGGUUAUCAAAGCUGAGUUGCAGUACUCGCACAUCAAUUACGCUUGCGUUGCUGGUGGCAGAACGUUCAAAUCGAAGUCAAAAGGAACAAGGCCGAAUCAAAGGUUAGUUUUUUCUUUAAAAUUCUCAAUGUAAAGUUGUUACCUUUGUCUAAGGAUUUUUGAUCGUUUGUUGAUAGCACGUUUAGAAAGGAUUGCAAUAUGGAAGUGAAGUUGAGAGCAACAAAAGAUGGUAACUUUCUGGAAGUGGCUGUCCUCAAUGAGACCCAUAAUCACGAAUGCGAUGAGGUAUGUUGUGUUUAGAUUUAAUUUGGUUUAUACUGAAAUUUGCUGUUAUUUGUUGUUGAUAAUCCAAUGCAAUUUUCAGCUUUUCAUUGUCAAAUUGUGACAUAGGCCUAGCUCAAUUGCUAGGGUGAAUAGCAAUGUGACUGAAUACAAGUCUUUUAAGCCCCCAAGUCAAUUUGUUCCCAAAUUGAUUUGCCCAAAGUUGAUUCGCCUAAAGCCAUUUUGUGCCCCCAAGUAAUAAGAUGUCAAAGUAGUUUCGUCCCCUGAUAAUCACAGCCCAGGGAAUUGUGUCAUUUCUCUAUUGUAAAAAAAAUAAUUAGCACAUUGGUCACUGCAUCCUGAUAAUAGUAAGUGUGUUAAGACAUCCGAAGGGGGUGGAGUAUGGAUAAAAUUGUUUAUUGCUUUAUUUGAUAAGUUGGUUUUUUUGGGUUGGGGUGGACAACUUUCACAUCUAAUGACUUGGAGGCGGAAUAACUUUGGUAUCGAAUGACUUUGAAUCGACUUGGGGGUGAAAUGACCGGAUACCAUGUGAUCAGCAACAAACAUGACAUUACUGGGUGAUGUGUGUGGGGUAAAAUAAAUAGGCCACCAUGGUCUUAGAUACUGUAGGUAGAGAAGUAUUAUGAGAAAAUUGAAAAAAAAAUUCAAGUCAAAUGCCCCAGGUAAUAGAUCUCUAUUAUUUUAAGGUAUCGUUUAAGCACUUCCCAAAGCAAAGAAGACUAGGUAAUGAAACAUUGAGCGAGACGGACAAAUUGUUGAAGAUGAAGUGCAACAAAAAAGUUUUGCAGAAUCAUUUGCAAACGAUAAGUGGGAAAGUAGUGACGUGUCGUGACAUAUCAAACAUGAAAGCAAAAUUGUCGUCUAGCAAGUCUAAUCGAAAUGACAUUGAAAAGCUUGUGAAGAAGCUUCGGGAGAAUGAAGGUAUGCUUUGAUCUACUGUAGCUUGCCAGCAGGCUCUCAAGGUGAAAUGAGAGCCUGCACUGUUGACAAACAAUUUUGCAAGAGACACACCACUGAAGCACAAUAUUCAUGUGAUAACAAAUUUAUUUUUUCAUGUAUAUUGCUACAUGGGCGUACUGGGCGGGGGGAGGGGGCGGCAGCCCCCCAGUUUGUUGGGCAAACAAAGCCAGUCGGGCAAUAUUCGCUUCAUAGUCAGGCAAUAUUGUGGGAAAUUUUGUGGGAAAUAUGCUAUCUAAUAGGAAUUUUUCGUAAUCACUCACCCCCUCCCCCCCCGGUCAACCCGCUCUUCCAUUGCUCUAUAUGGCUACAGUGUUAUACUGCAUUAGAUCUAGCGUUGGCCCACAAAAAACAAAAUUUGAAAUCAAGUACAUGAACUAUUAAAACAUUAACUUAAAGAUGCCCAGGUUUUUUUUGGCAAGGCAACUUGCCCAAUCGGGCAGGCAAGAUAAAAUGUUCACUUGCCCGUCAUGAUAUCCACUUACCCCAGGCAAGUAUUAAGUUACACCUCUGCAAUUAAUUAAGACUUCUAUAGGCAUUAAGUAUUUUGUGUUGUGUACCCUACAUUGGUAUUAUUAAGUUAAUGAAUUUCUUACAGUAGAUAUGCACCAAUGUUACAUACUGGUACCCUAGAGAAUCUAUGUACAGCUAUAUGUGCUAAACAUAGGCCUGUGAUGGUUUGCACUUUGCAGUACAGCUUUUAUAUAUCUACAGUUAAAUUGCAGGUUAAGAAGUAAGAAUAUCUGUUUGUCUAUUCAGAAUGAGACAGAUGUUAUCUGUUUGUCUGUUCAGAAUGAGGCAGUGUUAUCAAUCAUUCCAUUUGUAUAUAAAAUGAAUGGAAAUGAAUGAUAGAUGGUGAAUAGCAUUGAAGAUUAUUUGAGUGUUGCCGUUUGCACUCAUUCCACAGGGACCAACUCAACAAAAGCCAUGGCAGCCAUGUUAAUUGGUGUUCCAGAAAAAAAGUCUAAUUAACCCAUUGAGUCGCAUUGCACCCUGAUGCACCCUACUUUAGUAUUUUACUCUGUCUAACGCCAGACGAUUUUACUCGUCAAGGGGAGAGCGCUGGCGCUUAAUGGAUUAAAAUUAUUUUGAAUUGGAACACCAACAUGGCGGCUGUGAAGUCAUGUGCAAACAUUCUGUAAUUAAUUAAGAACUUUCUUUUUAGGUGCUACUGCAGAAGUUGUCCUGAAUGAAGAGAACAACCUGUUGGGUAUAUAUUAUCAAGAUAAACCAAUGAAGAUUGCAUAUGAUUCGUUUCCAGAGAUGCUGUUUAUCGAUGCCACAUACAAACUGAACGAACUCAAAAUGCCUCUGUAUAUAAUGCUUGGGGAAGACGGUAACGGAGAAAGCGAGAUCUUCUGCACAUUCAUUGUCUCCAAUGAAGAAAAGCCAACCAUUCAGAAAAUGGUCCAGAUCUUUAAAAAUCAUAAUCCGACAUGGACAGAGACUAAAACAGUCAUGACUGACAAAGACUUUGUUGAAAGACAAGUCUUCAAAGAGGAGUUUCCUAAUGUCCAUUUGUCCAUAUGCCUCUUCCAUUCACAGAGAUCUUUCAGAAGGGAGGUAACAACAGAUAAAAUGGGCAUAACCCCGGAAGAACGGAACCUGUGUUUGGAAAUAUUCCAAAAGAUGUCAUAUGCCAAGAGUGAGAAGAGUACCAAAGCUUGUACGCUGAUUUAGAGAAAGCGAGUGUCCCCAGUGUCUUGGAAUACUUCAAAAGUAACUGGCAUGAAGACCACCGGGAGUGGGUUGAGGGUCUCAAGUCAGCAAACUUGACAUUCCUUAACCGAACUAACAACAGGUAAGUAACUGCCCUUUCCUAGUGGGAGGGAGGGGGGCUUUUGUCCUUUUAGAACCCUUUGGACAAAUCUGGCUAAUGCUUAACAAAAAAAUACUUGUGGUUCCAGUUCCCAACGACCCUAUUUUUUUCAGGGUUUUUUUUUUGCCUAACAGUGACUUUCACUUAGCUAGUAUACUGUAAUGGUUCUUUCCUUGAAGUUAAAAAUCUCUUUAGAUUAGAAUCCCUGAAUCAAAAGAUCAAGACAGUGUGUACCAGGAAUACUGGCCUUGACCAAUUUUACGAGGAACUUUUAGUGGUGUUUCAGUCCAUCAGGACCACACGUGACCACAGGGCAAUAACAUUUUUGCAAAAACGACCUGUUUGUCUGUAUGCUGAAGGUACAGCGGAAGCCCGAUACAUGACACGUUUGACUCCUUAUGCAUUUGGCUAUGUUGUUCAACAGCUACAAUUGGCUACUAAAGUUAAAAACGUGCACAGAAAGGAGUUGGGAAUCACUGAUGAUUUUGAAGUUGAUGCAUCAUCCGGCAAAUUAACUGUUUCAGACUGUCAUUGUGACUGUGCAUUCUUCACAGCAAUGAUGCUCCCUUGCCGGCACAUCUUUGCAGUUCGCAGUAUAUUGAAGAAGGAUGCUUUUGAUUUGUCUAUCUGUGCUACAAGAUGGACAGUGGCUUACUACAAGUCUAAACAUCAUGUCCUCAAGAGCCAGGGACAUGAGUUUAGUUCAACUCCAGAGGAAAUGGCUCCAAUAUGUGUUCAGCAACCGGCAACAAAAAAUAUCAUGUCACAGCAUGAGAAGUACAGGAAAACCUUUGCAACAUGCCAAGCUUUGGCAACAUGUGCAUCAGAAUUUCCUAUUCGAGAAUUCCACCAAAAGAAUGCUAUUUUGGAAAUGAUAUUGGCAGCAUGGAGAAAUGGCGAAGAAAUUGCUGUGCAAAGAGUUGUGCAGGACGACAAUGAGGGUAUGUUGUUGCAUAGUUAAUAGAAUAGAUGGUUUGGAAACUCAUUAGAAUCUCAUUAUCUAUUUUUGGUGUUGCCAAAUCCACUAUUGGUUAGUUGGGCAAAAAUACAAUAGGCAUGUGACCGUGAACGACUAGAUUUAUGAAUAAAGGUUGACUAACAUAAAUAAUGAGUUUCCAAACCAUCUAUUCUAUUACUAUGGUUAUUGUUCCACAGGGUGUUAGCUACAGUACAAUAAAAAAAUAUUUAAACACAGUUUUAAUAGAGCUAUAUUAUAAAUAUUCAAUUACAGUAAUUUCCCCCAAUUUCAGUUAAACAAGGAUUUUUUUAUUUCUGGCUAACAACCGGCUCCACUGCCCUGAAAUUACUCCAACAUUGGUAAAUUCAGAAAAAAAAUGAGAUAAGUCAUUGUAACAUUACUGCUGAUGUUGGUAACCCCAUUGCUGUUCCAAAAACCUGUUGAUAAUAACAAGCCUCAAACACAAAGUAUGUGGUGUUGAGACAGAAGAUCAAUAAUAUCUUCCACAGGCCAGGAUGUUGUUUGCAUAACAAAGUGGCAUCCUGUCUUACUCUUUUUGUCGCCACAUUGAUGGCAAGAUCAACUGGAAUAAUUGUAAACAAGGAAACGACAUCAAAUGAUACCAACACUUGAUCUGCGCUAAGAGUUUUACCUCUCACAAAUUCUGCAAAAUGACAGGAAUUUUUUACAGUGUUUAUGGUACAGUAUUUCCCACCACAGGGGACAAAAUUUUUGCCAAAAAAAAACUUGAAACUCUAUAUGUAGGAGAAUUCACAAAGGACACAAUCGGUUUCAAUGGAAUUUCAGGUUUAUGGAUUUUCGGUAAACCAUAGAAACGAGGAGAUUGUAACAUUGUCUACAUUUUUUCUAGAUAACUAACAAAACCAUACAGAAGAAGUUGUGAUAACCAGUCCAAUAUCUCAUUCAGAAGUAACACAGUCAAGCAUUACUGAAUCACAGCAUCACUCCAACAUUGGUAAAACAAAAACCAUGAGUUCAAUGAGUGGGUGGACAUAUAAUUAAACAGAUUUUUUCCAUUUUUAGAAAACGUAGAAAUCCAACCAGACAAGAGUGUCCCAUUAGCUGAUGUGAAUACAACUCAACCACAAGGUACAGUAGGUUUGCAUCUUUUUCACACAUACAAUGUGCUCCACUUUCACAAAGAAAAGGUCAGCAAGAUAUAUAUGUUGUACUUUUCCAGCAGUUUGUAGUCAGAUCAAAAUCCCUCCUGUUAUGCCCAAACGUGGACGUCCAAAAGGAGCUGACCUGACAGUCAUUGGAAUACCAAGAAAAAGGAAGGAGAAGAAGAGUUCUGGAAAGGAUAAGCCAACACCUUUUAUGAAAAAGCAGGCUACUGAUAAAGAUAAAGGUAAGAGAUUGGGACAAAAAAAACAGUAUUAUAAUAGUAAAAAUAUCUAUGAACUAAACUAGUUUUUAAAUAUUAAUAAUUAUCAUUUUUAUAUGCUUAGUUAUGUUGUCAUGGUUAUUGUCAAAAGAUGAUGUUACUUCAGCAUUGAGUGGUGGUAUUAUCGACGAAACUGCUGUCGAAGUCCGACCAGAAAAG